GUUGUACAUCGCUCUCUCUCUGCAGCGGCGUUGCCAGCAAAAGAACCACGCGAAAGGAGCUUCCAACACCUGUUCUUUUAUCUCUCUCUCUCUCCUAUACAUAUAAAGAUAUGGGAUCCGUGCUCAGCUCAAGAACAAAGAGCAAAGAAGAGCUAGAAAUGGCGUUGAAAAAGGCAAAGGAGAUUGUAUCCUCCGCACCCGUUGUUAUCUUCAGUAAAACAUACUGUGGUUAUUGCAAUAGGGUGAAGCAGCUGCUCAAACAGCUAGGAGCAAGUUAUAAGGUCAUUGAACUUGAUGAGGAAAGUGAUGGAUCUGACAUUCAAUCAGCUCUAGGAGAGUGGACUGGGAUUAGGACCGUGCCUAAUGUGUUUAUUGGGGGAAAGCACAUUGGUGGUUGCGACACUGUUAUAGAGAAGUACCAGGGAGGCCAGCUUGUUCCCCUUCUCACUGAAGCUGGUGCCAUUGCCAAUAACUCUGCACAGCGGUAAAUAAUGCAGAUAAAGAUGUUUCUGUAAACAGGGUGAAGAGAAGAAACUACAUGUUACAUGUUAUGUAAUAACAAUGUAAUCACAUCAGAUCUAAAAAACUUUUUAGAUCUGAUUUAAGUAACUUAAUUUCAUAGAUUCUAUAUGUUAAUUUACAGUUUCUGCA